UUUGGACACAAAGAAGCUAGUGCCAAAUUAGCUGGUUAUAAAAAUUCUAAGAAAUCUGGGAGUAUAAUUAGCAAAGUUAAUACACACCAUCAGCAGAUAGUAGCUGAUAAUCGAGCCUAUUUAAAAUGUAUUUUAGACAGUUUACUUUUUUGUGCUCGUCAAGGAAUAGCUAUCAGAGGUCAUAGAGUAGACGAAGACUCUUCAAACAAAGGAAACUUUCUAGAACUAUUAACACUUCGUGCUAAAGAUAAUGAUAUUAUUCAACGAUAUUUUAUUGAAAAAGAAAAGACAUUUCGUUAUGUCAGUGGUGAUUACACAAAUACAUUUCUUGAGUAUUUAGCUAAUAUUGUUAUUGAAAAUAUAAUUGAUAAUGUAAUAGCUGCGGGUAUUUUCAGUAUAAUAGUUGACGAAACUCAAGAUUUGUCUCGACAUGAACAAGUCGCAAUUAUUAUAAGAUACGCAACAAAAGAUUUAUCUCCAGCAGAAGUUUUUCUUGGUUUUUAUAAAACAGAAAAUACAGAUGGAGAAACACUUUCAAUGUUAAUAAAAUCAACUCUUGUAUCUCAUGGUUUAAAAAUAGAAAACUUGAGAGGGCAGUGUUACGACGGUGCAGCGUCAAUGAGAGGGUCGUAUAAAGGGGUACAAGCAAGAAUUAAAGAAGAAAAUCAUUUAGCAAUGUACAUUCACUGUAAUGCACAUAUUUUAAAUUUAUGCCUUAUAGAUUUGGCUAAACAAGUAUCUUAUGUAAGAAAUGUAUUUGGAACAUUAAAUACAUUACAUAAUUUUAUUGGUGCAUCAUCCAAGAGGCAUGCGAUUUUUGAAAAAAUGUAUUCAGUUUUAAAUAUAAGUACAUGUGAAGGACCUAAAACUUUAAAAAGUCUCAGUGAUACUAGGUGGAGUUGCCGACUAGAUGCCCUCAAGGCGGUUUUAUUCAAUUUUCAAACUGUGGUUAGUACUUUAGAAGAUAUUUCGGAAAAUGAUGCUGUUUAUGGAUCUGAUGCUAAUGCAUUACUAAAGUCAAUAAAUACUUUUGAAUUUUUAUUUUGUAUAUACUUUCUUAAAAAGAUACUGUUGUUAACUAAUAUUUUAUCAAAGUAUUUACAAUCAAGUUCAAUAAUUUAUAGUAAUGUACAGUCAAUGGCAAAAGAAACAAUACAAGAAUUAUGCAAUAUGCGGUGUGAAGAAAGUUUUAAUAACACUUGGAAUGAAGUAGACAUUUUAAGAAAACAAUAUAAUGUUUCUUCUCCUAUACUUCCCAGAAAGCAAAAAAUACCAGCUAAACUUGGCGGUGGAUUGAAGGAGGUUGAAAAUACUACCAUAAAUAAACAUUAUAAAAUAAAUAUAUAUUUUGCUGUUCUGGAUAAUAUUAUAAAUGACAUGAGUGAAAGGUUUGAAGAAAAUAAUUUAUAUAUUUUAAACUGUAUGCAAGACAUACUCUUAAAUGAUACUCCAAAUAAUAAUUCUUUUAAAGAAAUAAAUAAAAUGUAUGGUUUUGAUGAGGAUAAUCUUAAAGCAGAAACAAAAAUUUUAAAUAGGAUGUAUAAAGCUGUACAUAAUCAAAGUAAUGUGCAAUCAAAAAUCAAUUUCAUUGCAUCAGAAAAUUAUAAAGCUGGAUUUCCAACAUUAACAAGUUUGAUACAAUUAUUUAUUACUAUACCAACUAACUCCGCAUCAUGCGAAAGAAGUUUUUCUUGUUUACGUAGGUUAAAAACAUAUUUAAGAACCACAAUGGGACAAUCAAGAUUAAACAGUCUUGGAAUCUUGCAAAUUGAACGUGAAAGAUCAUCUCUUAUAGAUAAAGAUUUAGUAAUAGAAAAAUUCAGUGCUGCCGCAGAAUGUAGAGGCCGCCGAUUACUACUGCAGUAAAUGAUAUUAUUCCCUCAGUAAAAAACCAACUAAUAUUUUAAAUCUACCUAUAAUGUAUAUAUAUAUAUUAUAUUGUAUUAGGUAUUAUAUUACACAAAAAAUAUAAAUG